AUGGCGUCUUCUGAAAACAACCACGAAGCCCCAAGCUCGCGCCGUCUCCCGCCGCCUGCAUCCCAGCAUGCUCGACCCGGCUCCUACAUGUCCUCCCACAUGACAAGCGUUAUAUCAGAAGACGAGGAACCGUCACAUCAGCAUCCGGCAUCAUGGUCACAGCCGGCUCAGUCGCGUCGUGGACCGCCGCCAUUGAGGAAUGCAAUGGCGAAUGCACGACCUCCCAGCGCACAGAGCAAAAUGAGCAAGACACACGUAUCCUCGCUCACCUCACAAGCAUUCUUCCGCCCCAUGAGCUCGCAGAGACUGCAGGCACAGCGUAGCGGGAGGCCUACAACGACGGCAACCAAUGCCACUUCAAUUGAUGACAACCAGAGUGAUGUAGCAAGCCAGGCGCGGAGGAGCAUAGUAUCGAAUACGACGGCACAUCUAGAGCAUGAACUGAGGCCGCCAUCGAGAGGAACAGAGUUCACGGACCCGGUCUUGCCUGACAGGCUGACUACCAACACCAGUCCCUCCGGGAAUGCAACCGUUCGCAGCCUGGGGGACAAUGUUAGGCUUCUCAACGAUAGAUCCCACAGAACGUCAACACCCGCGCAAGUGAACCUGGGGGAGAACUAUAACAACCCAGGCGCAUCACACGAACCCCCUUCCAAGUCGCCUAUUUCUUUCCCGUCCGGUCUUCUCGGUGGGAAUGGAUCUGAAUCUACAAUUCGCCGCGGCGACCAGAGGAAUCACGCAAGGCUGGCAUCGAACCCGACGUCUAUUCCAGAGUCUGAAACUAAGAAAGUUGACGAGAAACCAGUCACAGAGAAGGGAAAGAAUUAUGAAUACUUCACGGGGAAUACCGCGUUCUUUGGCGGCGGCAGAUUCCAGAAUUCUCGUGAUAGACCAGUCAACAUUGUGACUGCAUUAUUGAUAAUCAUACCAACCGCUCUCUUCUUCGCAUUCUCGGGUCCGUGGCUAUGGAGCAAUAUGUCGCCUGCAAUACCAAUUGUAUUUGCCUACAUAUUCUUCCUCUGCAUAUCAUCCUUUCUCCACGCAUCCGCAGUUGACCCUGGAAUCCUUCCCCGAAAUCUUCACAUAAUGCCUCCAACUGACCCCGAGGCGGAUCCCCUGAUUCUUGGCCCGCCCACAAGUGACUGGGUUAUGAUCAAACUGGCAACUUCUGACGUCGCUGCCAUGGAUGUGCCGGUUAAAUACUGCAAAACCUGCAGCAUCUGGCGGCCACCGCGUUGCUACCACUGCCGAGUGUGCAACAACUGCGUCGAAACCUUGGACCAUCAUUGUGUCUGGCUUAACAACUGCGUUGGACGUCGAAACUACCGUUAUUUCUUCAGCUUUGUUGCAUCAAGCACGGUACUCGCUGCUUUCCUCUUCGGCGCAAGUCUCGCCCAUAUCCUCAGCUAUCAAAGCAAGGAAGGGAUCAGCUUCGGAGCAUCUAUAGAUAAGUGGCGCGUCCCCUUUGCCAUGGUCAUCUAUGGUGGAUUUGCCGCAACAUACCCAGCCUCGCUAGCAGUCUAUCAUCUUUUCCUGAUGGGCAGAGGCGAGACGACUCGAGAGUAUCUGAACUCCCGCAAGUUCAAGAAAGAAGAUAGACACCGACCCUUCACCCAAGGAGGCCUACUCAAGAACUUGACCGUGGCCCUCGGAAAACCCAGAACUCCGAGCUACCUUCAAUUCAAGAAUCCACAUGUCGAGGGUGACCAGCGAUUCGCUACUUACCAAGUCAACAAGCGGCGUACGGACGUUGAGGCGCAGAAUGGAGACCUCGAAAUGCAGCAGGUCAACAACGGACAGCCAGCUGGUGCAACAGGCGCCGUCCCCAGCUCACAGAACGGGCAUACUCCCAAUUAA